AUGGACUUCCGUAGCACCAGAGCAUUCGACUACGUUUCUGCGAGCACGAAUCUGACGAAAAAUGCCGAGAAAAUUAAAGCUACGCAGAUCCAGUGGCUACACGACUAUUGGUGGUUAUGCGAUAAGUACAGAGAAUUGGAUAAGAAAUUGAGCGCGCUGUGCAAGGAAAAAGUGCAACGCGACACGAGUGGUCCGACGCCAGAUCCAAGAACGUGCCUGCCGUUUCCGAAAACCAGCAACGACAACUACGGCUGGCUCGCGAGCAAGCGGGAUUUCCAACUCGAAAUCUACGGGAAAGACACGACCACGUAUCCCGAUCCUAUGGACGACAUCUGUCUCCUCGGCGGUGCUGUGCCCACGUUAGCCGCGGGCAAGGGAUUCCUCUGA